AAUGAUUUUGAUAAUAGAAGUCCUAGCCCACAGUCAGCAAAUGUGAUAAUUAAUGAAGAAUUUGUGCAAAGGCCUCAUGACAAUAAAUAUGCCUCUACAAUCUUGAUUCUGGUUAUAAACCCAACACUAUAUCUCUUUCCUAAA